AUGGCAGAGCCGCAGUAUACAGUCUUCAUCAGGGUCCCCAUCCCUCGUCGGGGCUUCGUUGAUCCACCUGCCGUCAGUUGGGACACCGCCAAAGACGAUGCUUUGUGGAAGAUUCUCUCCCAGCACGGUGAAAUAGACUUAGCCGACCGAUUCGAAGUCCCCGUCGAGUUUCUAGUCCAACAGGUGGCCUACCUGAACGAACGACACCAAUCACACACUCUUGCUCAGGUUCGAAAAGCCGCCGCCGCGGCCAAAGGCUCAGCGGCGCAGUCACCCAUACCUGGAGCCGAUCUAGCUGGUCCAGGACAUCUGAGGACGCCGUCAGCCCUAUCUAUCCGUCGCGAUGUGUCCAUGCUACGGAACGAGAGCGGCAGCGCUGGGCCUGCCAUGAAUGCGCCGGCUCGCCCGGCUAUGUCUCGCAACACCUCAGCGACAACGACGGUCAUGAGGGAUGGCGGCGGCGCUUCUCCUAGGAUCGGCAACAGACCCAACCCCCGAGGCGCUGGGCAAUCUGGGGGGAUCCGACUAUCAUCACUGCCAACGCCAUCGCAAGCGCCGACGCCAAGGUCCCCCAAGCUACCCGGGGCUGAAAUCAACAGGAUGGAUUCACCUGGCCCGGCCGAGACGAGCUCAACAACCUCAUCCGACGACGAAUCGCUGCCAGUUCAGUCCCGCAUCAUCCGUCGACCACCACGGCCUACACAGCAAGACUCGUCUCUUAGAUAUAAUGCGGAUGAGGACGACGAGUCGGAACCUGCGUUUCAACCGCGGAAUGCGCCGUCUGCUGAUGCAUCAGCGCACGACCUAUCAUCUACAUUGAAGCUGAGGAAUCAGGAGGGCCGCAAUCCACCAAGGCGGACUCCAAAGUCAUUUUCAAAGGAUCUCCAUCACUCGCAGACCUCCGACUCGUCAGCGAGCUCACCUGCCAUGGUGUCGCGGCCGGGCAAGUCGCGAGAGCGCAACAGCGCAGGCCCCUCGUCUCCUCGCCGCAACACAGAGACCCGGAGCUCUCAAGAAAACAGCGAGGGCACGCCUAGCAUCAGCAGCAGCUUUAGUGACUUGGACGAAUACUUUAUCAACGAUCAAGAUGAAAUCAGGUCCAUCGAGGAUCCCGAUAAUUACUUUAAGUUCUUUAUCGAUAAAAACCCUCGGAUUUGCGCUCGUCAGCGAUUCGCAUUCAAUCAUGCCUUGGAAUCCGUAAUUCACGAACGUCUAGAGAAAGAAGGUCUUCAGAAAGUCUUCCUCCCUCUAGGAGUAUCCACCACCGAGCCUCACAUGCCCAUCUUCGUCACCCCAAAUCUCGAUACGAAAUCUCGUGUCGUCGUCAUAUUCGGCGAACCUACGCAGGAGCUUGGUCUCGUGGCCGGUCGUGUCGCCAAUGGAGCUGGAGGCAUCAACGAAGGAAGCAUGGUCUCUGUGAUUCGUGCUCUAUCAUCUCAGCAUUCGUCUCCAGAUGAUGCCUCUCCGCCAGGUAUCGUGCUGGCAAAUAUGGGCCAGACGUACUUCUGGCCCCAGGGAAAGCGUGCGAUUACGGUUCUUGCGAGCUCUUUUUUGCCGUUGCCUAGUUUAUUGCAUAAAGGUGUACGACAUGUGCCGGCGCUGAACGACAUUCCCGGCAACGAGGAUCCAGUGAAGCAUGUCAAGUACAUGUUUGACGAGGUGCUUCGCUCCAUGGCAAAUGACAAGGCAUUGCUGGAUGUUAUAGCUAUUGGAGAGAGCUGCGAAAUCGUCGAAAAGUUUUUAGAUGGCCAACAAGCUUGGGAUACCUGGGGCAAGAGGCUCAAUUCCAUGACCAUGCUAGGCCCAGUAUGCGAAGCGGAAGAUUUGACAAACGCAUCGUUCAAAGACUUCAUGGCAAAGCGAGCCUGUGGCUAUCUCGUUUGUCCAGAGCCCCUCGGCACUCCUCUGGCUCCCCCUGGAGGUAAUUCAGAGCUCAGCAUUCCACCGCUGGGAUUUCCAUGCGUAUCUUCGUCCGAGCCAAUGUACGCCGAGACUAUUCUGAUUCGGGCGCGAUCUCAUAUCGUUUCGCACAUUCAGGACGUAGCUAUGGACCUGGGCUAUGAGAAUCCAGCUAUCACGCCGAUCGAUUGUCCGCCACCGGCUAUGACUGAGCAGCACUGGGAUGAUCUGCCCGAGGAGGACAAACCUGUGGUAUCCAAGGUUGACCCGGCGGAGUUCAACGCGCAGGUGAAGCAGGCUGAGCGCUGGAAAAAGUUUCAGGAGACCGGACAGGCACCGGAGACAGAUUCUGAGUCGGAGUCGGAGGUCUAA